GCCGGAGAGCUGCCCUGGGCAGGAAAGAAAGGGAGAGACUGAGAGAGAGAGUCACACAGUGAAAGACUGCAAGACCCAGAGAGACCCCCAGAGCAAGUCACGGAGCAAGACAGAGGAAGAGGGGGGCGUGUGUCUGCAGAUUUUCCCACACCUGCCACCCCAGCUUCCCGAGCCCUCUGUACAGGUGGCAGCUGCAGCCAGGCCGGUGGGCAGCAGGGACCCAGAACUGUGUCUGGCCAGGCGGGCGGUAGGAGCAUUUGACCAAGGACAAUGGUGAUUCUUCAGCAGGGGGACUAUGUCUGGAUGGACCUGAGAUCCGGGCGGGAGUUUGAUGUGCCCAUCGGGGCAGUGGUGAAGCUCUGUGACUCUGGGCAGAUCCAGGUGGUGGACGAUGAAGGCAAUGAACACUGGAUCUCCCCGCAGAACGCCAGGCACAUCAAGCCCAUGCACCCCACGUCUGUCCACGGCGUGGAGGACAUGAUCCGCUUGGGGGACCUCAACGAAGCUGGCAUCCUGCGCAACCUGCUCAUUAGAUACCGAGACCAUCUCAUCUACACCUACACGGGCUCCAUCCUGGUGGCUGUGAACCCCUACCAGCUGCUCUCUAUCUACUCGCCAGAACACAUCCGCCAGUACACCAACAAGAAGAUUGGGGAGAUGCCCCCACAUAUCUUCGCCAUUGCUGACAAUUGCUACUUCAACAUGAAGCGCAACAGCCGUGACCAGUGCUGCAUCAUCAGUGGGGAGUCUGGGGCAGGGAAGACGGAGAGCACAAAGCUGAUCCUGCAGUUCCUGGCGGCCAUCAGUGGGCAGCACUCGUGGAUCGAGCAGCAGGUGCUGGAAGCCACCCCCAUCCUGGAAGCAUUUGGGAAUGCCAAGACCAUUCGCAACGACAACUCAAGCCGCUUCGGGAAGUACAUUGACAUCCACUUCAACAAGCGGGGCGCCAUCGAGGGCGCCAGGAUCGAGCAGUACCUGCUGGAGAAGUCACGUGUCUGUCGCCAGGCCCCGGAUGAAAGGAAUUACCACGUGUUCUACUGCAUGCUGGAGGGCAUGGGUGAGGAACAGAAGAGGAAGCUGGGCCUGGGCCAGGCCGCGGACUAUAAUUACUUGGCCAUGGGUAACUGCAUAACCUGUGAGGGCCGCGAGGACAGCCAGGAGUAUGCCAACAUCCGCUCGGCCAUGAAGGUGCUCAUGUUCACUGACACGGAGAACUGGGAGAUCUCAAAGCUCCUGGCCGCCAUCCUGCACCUGGGCAACCUGCAGUAUGAGGACCGUACGUUUGAAAACCUGGAUGCCUGCGAGGUCCUCUUCUCCCCAUCCUUGGCCACAGCCGCGUCUCUGCUCGAGGUGAACCCCCCAGACCUGAUGAACUGCCUGACCAGCCGCACCCUCAUCACCCGCGGGGAGACGGUGUCCACCCCGCUCAGCAGGGAGCAGGCGCUGGACGUGAGAGACGCCUUCGUCAAGGGGAUCUACGGGCGGCUCUUUGUGUGGAUUGUGGACAAGAUCAACGCAGCAAUUUACAAGCCUCCCUCCCAGGAAGUGAAGAACUCUCGACAGUCCAUUGGCCUCCUGGACAUCUUUGGGUUCGAGAACUUUGCUGUGAACAGCUUCGAGCAGCUGUGCAUCAACUUCGCCAAUGAGCACCUGCAGCAGUUCUUCGUGCGACACGUGUUCAAGCUGGAACAGGAGGAGUAUGACCUGGAGAGCAUCGACUGGCUGCACAUCGAGUUCACAGACAACCAGGACGCCCUGGACAUGAUCGCUAACAAGCCCAUGAACAUCAUUUCCCUCAUCGAUGAGGAGAGCAAGUUCCCCAAGGGCACAGACACCACCAUGUUGCAUAAACUGAACUCCCAGCACAAGCUCAACUCGAACUACAUUCCCCCCAAGAACAACCACGAGACCCAGUUUGGGAUCAACCACUUUGCAGGCAUUGUUUACUAUGAGAGUCAAGGCUUCCUGGAGAAGAACCGGGACACCCUGCAUGGAGACAUCAUCCAGCUGGUCCACUCUUCCAGGAACAAGUUCAUCAAGCAGAUCUUCCAGGCUGACGUCGCCAUGGGCGCCGAGACCAGGAAGCGCUCGCCCACACUCAGCAGCCAGUUCAAGCGGUCGCUGGAGCUGCUGAUGCGCACGCUGGGUGCCUGCCAGCCCUUCUUCGUGCGCUGCAUCAAGCCCAACGAGUUCAAGAAGCCCAUGCUGUUCGACCGGCACCUGUGUGUGCGCCAGCUGCGGUACUCGGGGAUGAUGGAGACCAUCCGAAUCCGCCGAGCCGGCUAUCCCAUCCGUUACAGCUUCGUGGAGUUCGUGGAGCGGUACCGAGUGCUGCUGCCCGGCGUGAAGCCGGCCUACAAGCAGGAUGACCUUCGCGGGACAUGUCAGCGCAUGGCUGAGGCUGUGCUGGGCACCCACGAUGACUGGCAGAUCGGCAAAACCAAGAUUUUUCUGAAAGACCACCACGACAUGCUGCUGGAGGUGGAACGGGACAAGGCCAUCACUGACAGAGUCAUCCUCCUCCAGAAGGUCAUCCGGGGGUUCAAAGACAGGUCCAACUUCCUGAAGCUGAAGAAUGCUGCCACGCUGAUCCAGAGGUACUGGCGGGGCCACAACUGCAGGAGGAACUACGGGCUGAUGCGGUUGGGCUUCUUGCGGCUGCAGGCCCUGCACCGCUCCCGGAAGCUGCACCAGCAGUACUGCCUGGCCCGCCGGCGCAUCAUCGGAUUCCAGGCCCGCUGCCGCGCCUACCUGGUGCGCAAGGCUUUCCGUCAUCGCCUCUGGGCUGUGAUCACCGUGCAGGCCUACGCCCGGGGCAUGAUCGCCCGCAGGCUGCACCGGCGCCUCAGGGCUGAGUACCUGCGGCGCCUGGAGGCUGAGAAAAUGCGGCUGGCGGAGGAGGAGAAGCUCCGGAAGGAGAUGAGCGCCAAGAAGGCCAAGGAGGAGGCGGAACGCAAGCAUCAGGAACGCCUGGCCCAGCUGGCCCGUGAGGACGCAGAGCGGGAGUUGAAGGAGAAGGAGGAGGCUCGGCGGAAGAAGGAGCUCCUGGAACAGAUGGAGAGAGCCCGCCACGAGCCCAUCAAUCACUCGGACAUGGUGGACAAGAUGUUUGGCUUCCUGGGGACUUCGGGCAGCCUGCCAGGCCAGGAGGGCCAGGCACCUAGUGGUUUCGAGGACCUGGAGCGCGGGCGGAGGGAGAUGGUGGAGGAAGACCUGGAUGCGGCCCUGCCCCUGCCUGAUGAGGAUGAGGAGGACCUCUCCGAGUAUAAAUUCGCCAAGUUCGCUGCCACUUACUUCCAGGGCACGACCACGCACACCUACAACCGGCGGCCGCUCAAGCAGCCACUGCUGUACCACGACGAUGAGGGCGACCAGCUGGCGGCCCUGGCGGUCUGGAUCACUAUCCUCCGGUUCAUGGGGGACCUCCCUGAGCCCAAGUACCACACGGCCAUGAGUGACGGCAGCGAGAAGAUUCCUGUGAUGACCAAGAUUUAUGAGACUCUGGGCAAGAAAACAUAUAAGAGGGAGCUUCAGGCCCUGCAGGGCGAGGGCGAGGCCCAGCUCCCUGAGGGGCAGAAGAAGAGCAGCGUGAGGCACAAACUGGUGCACUUGACCUUGAAGAAGAAGUCCAAACUGACAGAGGAGGUGACCAAGAGGCUGCAUGACGGAGAGUCCACGGUGCAGGGCAACAGCAUGCUGGAGGACCGGCCCACCUCCAACCUGGAGAAGCUGCACUUCAUCAUUGGCAACGGCAUCCUGCGGCCAGCACUCCGGGAUGAGAUCUACUGCCAGAUCAGCAAGCAGCUCACUCACAACCCCUCCAAGAGCAGCUAUGCCCGGGGCUGGAUCCUCGUGUCUCUCUGUGUGGGCUGCUUCGCCCCCUCUGAGAAGUUCGUUAAGUACCUGCGGAACUUCAUCCACGGAGGACCACCUGGCUACGCCCCAUACUGUGAGGAGCGGCUCAGGAGGACCUUCGUCAAUGGGACACGGACACAGCCACCAAGCUGGCUGGAGCUGCAGGCCACCAAGUCCAAGAAGCCUAUCAUGUUGCCUGUGACGUUCAUGGACGGGACCACCAAGACCCUGUUGACAGACUCGGCAACCACGGCCAAGGAGCUCUGCAAUGCGCUAGCCGACAAGACCUCACUCAAGGACCGCUUCGGGUUCUCCCUCUACAUCGCCCUGUUUGAUAAGGUGUCCUCCCUGGGCAGUGGCAGCGACCACGUCAUGGACGCCAUCUCCCAGUGUGAGCAGUAUGCCAAGGAGCAAGGUGCCCAGGAGCGCAACGCCCCAUGGAGGCUCUUCUUCCGCAAGGAGGUCUUCACUCCCUGGCACAACCCCUCAGAAGACAAUGUGGCCACCAACCUCAUCUACCAGCAGGUGGUGCGAGGGGUCAAGUUUGGGGAGUACAGGUGUGAGAAGGAGGAUGACUUGGCCGAGCUGGCUUCCCAGCAGUACUUUGUGGACUAUGGCUCCGAGAUGAUCCUGGAGCGCCUGCUGAACCUCGUGCCCACCUACAUCCCUGACCGCGAGAUCACACCCCUGAGGACGCUGGAGAAGUGGGCCCAGCUGGCCAUUGCUGCCCACAAGAAGGGGAUUUAUGCCCAGAGGAGAACUGAUGCCCAGAAGGUCAAAGAGGAUGUGGUCAACUAUGCCCGCUUCAAGUGGCCCUUGCUCUUCUCCAGGUUUUACGAAGCCUACAAGUUCUCAGGCCCCAGCCUCCCUAAGAACGACGUCAUUGUGGCUGUCAACUGGACGGGCGUCUACUUCGUGGACGAGCAGGAGCAGGUGCUUCUGGAGCUGUCCUUCCCCGAGAUCAUGGCCGUGUCCAGCAGUAGGGGAGCGAAACUGGUAGCCCCCAGCUUUACGCUGGCCACCAUCAAGGGGGAUGAGUACACCUUCACCUCCAGCAAUGCUGAGGACAUCCGUGACCUGGUGGUCACCUUCCUGGAGGGGCUCCGAAAGAGGUCUAAGUAUGUGGUGGCCCUGCAGGACAACCCCAGCCCUGCGGGCGAGGAGUCAGGCUUCCUCAGCUUUGCCAAGGGGGACCUCAUCAUCCUGGACCAUGACACAGGAGAGCAGGUCAUGAACUCAGGCUGGGCCAAUGGCAUCAAUGAGAGGACCAAGCAGCGUGGGGACUUCCCCACCGACUGCGUGUAUGUCAUGCCCACUGUCACCAUGCCACCGCGGGAGAUUGUGGCCCUGGUCACCAUGACCCCCGACCAGAGGCAGGACGUUAUCCGGCUCUUGCAGAUGCGAACACCAGAGCCUGAGGUGCGCACCAAGCCCUACACGCUGGAGGAAUUUUCCUACGACUACUUCAGGCCCCCACCCAAGCACACACUGAGCCGAGUGAUGGUGUCCAAGACCCGCGGCAAAGACCGGCUGUGGAGCCACACGCGGGAGCCGCUCAAGCAGGCGCUGCUGAAGAAGAUCCUGGGCAGCGAGGAGCUCUCGCAGGAGGCCUGCAUGGCCUUCAUCGCCGUGCUCAAGUACAUGGGUGACUACCCGUCCAAGAGGAUGCGCUCCGUCAAUGAGCUCACAGACCAGAUCUUCGAGGGUGCCCUGAAGGCUGAGCCCCUCAAGGACGAGGUGUAUGUGCAGAUCCUGAAGCAGCUGACUGACAACCACAUCAGGUAUAGUGAGGAGCGGGGCUGGGAGCUGCUCUGGCUGUGCACGGGGCUCUUCCCGCCCAGCAACAUCCUCCUGCCACACGUGCAGCGCUUCCUGCAGUCCCGCAAGCCCUGCCCACUCGCCAUCGACUGCCUGCAGCGGCUCCAGAAAGCCCUAAGAAACGGGUCCCGGAAGUACCCCCCGCACUUGGUGGAGGUGGAGGCCAUCCAGCACAAAACCACCCAGAUUUUCCACAAGGUCUACUUUCCCGAUGACACGGACGAGGCCUUCGAGGUGGAGUCCAGCACCAAGGCCAAGGACUUCUGCCAGAACAUCGCUGCCCGGCUUCUCCUCAAGUCCUCCGAGGGAUUCAGCCUCUUCGUCAAAAUUGCAGAUAAGGUCAUCAGCGUCCCUGAGAAUGACUUCUUCUUCGACUUCGUACGACACCUGACGGACUGGAUAAAGAAAGCACGGCCUGUCAAGGAUGGAAUCGUGCCCUCGCUCACCUACCAAGUCUUCUUCAUGAAGAAGCUGUGGACCACCACGGUGCCAGGGAAGGACCCCAUGGCCGAUUCCAUCUUCCACUAUUACCAGGAGUUGCCCAAGUAUCUCCGAGGCUACCACAAGUGCACGCGGGAGGAAGUGCUGCAGCUGGGGGCACUCAUCUACAGGGCCAAGUUUGAGGAGGACAAGUCCUACUUCCCCAGUAUCCCCAAGCUUCUACGGGAGCUGGUGCCCCAGGACCUCAUCCGGCAGAUCUCACCUGACGACUGGAAGCGGUCCAUCGUCGCCUAUUUCAACAAGCACGCAGGGAAGUCCAAGGAGGAGGCCAAGCUGGCCUUCCUGAAGCUCAUCUUCAAGUGGCCCACCUUCGGCUCAGCCUUCUUCGAGGUGAAGCAAACUACAGAGCCAAACUUUCCUGAGAUUCUCCUAAUUGCCAUCAACAAGUAUGGGGUCAGCCUCAUUGAUCCCAGAACCAAGGACAUCUUGACCACUCACCCGUUCACCAAGAUCUCCAACUGGAGCAGCGGCAACACCUACUUCCACAUCACCAUUGGGAACCUGGUGCGCGGGAGCAAACUUCUCUGUGAGACGUCACUGGGCUACAAGAUGGAUGACCUCCUGACUUCCUAUAUUAGCCAGAUGCUCACAGCCAUGAGCAAACAGCGGGGCUCCAGGAGUGGCAAGUGAAGAGCGGGGAGGCGGUGCUGGCUCUGUGCCUGCUCUCUAGGCAGCAGCUGGCUCAGGACCAUCAGCUACCUCUGCAGCCGGGGGAAGACCUUUGCCAUCAAGGCAGGGAGGCUGAGCCGGCUGGCCACCACUGACCGUACCCUCGAGGCCUCUGACCCUUCGUCCGGUGCAGCAGCUUCGCCGGGAUGCAGAACUCCCCUCCAUCCACCCCUGAAGCACCCGGUUGGUUCUAGUCCUGGCUUGCUGUGGCCUUCCCAGUUGUAAAACCCUGUGCUCCUUGGAUGCUGUUCUUAUCUCAGACUAGCCCUACUACGUGACUUCUUUUGACUUUCUAUGCACCACCAGGAGAGGUAACCAAGAGGACUACCUAGUUCUUCAUGCUGGGAACACCAAACCAAGAUUGUUCUGAAGCCUAAGGGACUGGCUUAAUUCCCCUAAGUCCAGGAGCCUCAGCUGGGGUGAGGGAGACAGACCACUUUUAUAUAUUACAGUGUGAGUGAGUGCUGAGCCCCUGCUCGAGGCUCCCCUGAUCACCUCAGGCAUAAAGCAUGUGUUCCAUCUUCUGGCCCUGUAGUGUCUUUGCUGGGGGAGGGGCAGGGUGUGGGGCCUGGACAGGGCCCUUUGGGGGAGUGGCCUAUAGAACUGUCUCCUUAGUCCGUGCGUGCAGGGUC